AAAGAAAUUAUAGACGUGGACGAUGCGAUGGAUGAAAUUAUAUAUAAAACAAGAUCUACGUACAGUUUUAACAAAGACUUGAGUGUGAAAUUAUCUAAACAUGACAAACUCACUAUAUUAAAUCCUGCAUACAUUGGUACCAUAUCGAUGCUCUCUGGCUUACCUCCUGAAUUUAUGAAAAAAUAUGGUAAUAACAUACCGAAACUAUUUCCAAACCGUAGUACCAUUUUUCUAAAAGCUAAUCCUAACGAUCUGCUUUUCAAUGGAAUUAAAGUUUCGUGCAAUUUAAAAAAAUUCCCUGAAUUGGAUCUGAUAUGCAAAACAUUAAGCAGUAGUCCACCAGUUGUGUUGAGAGAAACCGACAAGCAAGAUGUUUAUCUACUCAGUAUCUUUCAGAGGAUGAACGCUACUUUUCGUGGGCCAUUUUCUGUUAACAGAGGUGUUAAUGAUAUAACGAGGUUAGGAGAUAUUACAUCUUAUAUGGGAAAAAGAAUACAAACAAUGUGGAACUCUGAAGAUUGUAAUACAGUAAGAGGAACUGACUCAAUCAUUUGGGCACCAUUAGUAAAACCAUUGCCUUAUGUUUCAACGUUUACACCAGAUUUAUGCAGAUAUCUUCCCUUAAUUCAAGAUUUAAUAUUAUUACAGAAACUGCCGGUAAUCUUAUCAGAGCCACACUUUUUACACGGUGACCCACAGCUGUUAAAGUACGCACGUGGUUUAAACCCUGAUGAAAACCUGCAUGAAACUUACAUCAUUAUCGAACCAUAUACUGGAACGCCUCUUUCUGGACAGAAAAGGACACAAAUAAAUUUAUAUUUGGAAAAACAGUCGGUCGAAUUGCUUUCAAAUGUCAGCGAGGGAUAUUUUCCGCUUAUGUGGUGCGAAAAUGUAAGAUCCUUCAAGACAGUUCCUAUCAUUUCAUCUUGUUUACUAAACAUAUGAUUUCACUUACGAAAUGCAAUUGAUUAAAAUUAUACG